AUGACUUCUGCGUCUCCUUCAGCUGCUUCUGCAGGACAAACAGAUGAUAACGACCCGUCGGGUCAGUGGCAGGCCUGUGAGGGUCUCGGUGGGAUCAGAAUACAGAUGAGGGACCCGGAUAAAGCUGCCAUGUACUAUAAAGAUGCCCUUCGACUGCUGUGCAAAUGCCAGGACGUGUCUGGUUCAGUGCAGGAGCGUCUGGUCAGUGAACUGAGUGAAGCGUUACAGCAGAAGCUGCUCCUACAGCAGAGAGGAGCAGCAUCACAACGAACCGUCCCGGAGCGACAUCACAACCGACGGACGACGGCUGUGAGGACAGAUGUCCAGCAGUGGAGGAGAGAGAUGCCAAACGGAGAGAACGCACCCCCAGACGGGAAGCAGCACAGCCAAACCACGACAUCAUCAGAGACACACCUGCAGCAAGAACAAGAACAAGCUGAUCAUCACAGUGCACUUCCAGAGGCCAACAGGAAUCUGAAUAACACGUAUAAUAAAGCAGAGGUGACUCAACAGAUCCUCCCAUCAGAGUCUUCAGGAUCGCGAGCACACGGUGAUGUGUCUGCUGAAUCUGUGAAGCCCAGGCCGGUACAGAUGAACGGCACACACCCAUUGGUCAGGAGCACGGUGGCUCCGCCCCUCACUCAGCCUGACAGCAAUGAGGCCACGCCCCUGGCGAGGAGACUGAAGUCCAGAUUCUGCACAGUCAUGUGACAUAAAGGGUACUAUCUCAAUGGGAAAGAGCUUUUCUAGGGUUUUUAGGGAUUGUGAUUGCCGUGGCGACGCUUCCAGACCGCAAACACAAGGAUUCAAGAUUCAACAUGAACACAAAACUGAAGCAGGACUCGUUAG